CCCAGCAGAGCCUCGGUGUUACCCCCAGACAGCAGCACUGGGAGCAACCUCCCCAAGAGACAAACCACCUUUGACACCUGGAAAAGUCCUGAAAACCUUAACAGUCACUCAGAGCAGCUCAAGGAGAAAGAAAAACAAGGUUUUUUCAGGGCAAUAAAAAAGAAAAAGAAGAAAUCUCAAAAUACAGACUCCACCAACGGCGAGAAUCCAAGCAUCAAGAAAUCACUCUUUCCUCUUUUUAAUUCAAAGAGUAAUUUAAAGCAUAGUUCUUCUUUGAAAAAACUUCCCGUAGUCACUCUACCAAUGAUGCCUAACACUGAAGGUCAGGAUCUCUUGGCAUUACAGAAAGCCAUUCAUUCUUCCAAUCACCAGAGCAGCAGGCAGAAGGAUUGGCAUCCUGAGAAGAUGACAGAAAUCCAGCCUCAUAGCCAGCCAUUGAAGUCUCUUCGGAAGCUCCUGCACCUGUCCUCGAACCACCCCGUGGCUGCAGAUUCUCGUUUCCAGCCCCUGCCCAGCCAGGCAGCCAAGGGCUCCUUUGCCGAGGUGCGGAUCCACCCCAUGAGCCAAAGCUCCGCGGGCGCCGUGCGCUCCGAGGCACAGCCCAAGGGCAGAGCCACCCUGCAGAUCCCCGGGCAGCUGGAGCCCUCCUGGCACGUGUCCCCUGUCCCCAGAGCYGUGGGGGACACGUCCCCCUACCCCGAGCAGCCCCCCAAGAGCCAGAACGGGCACAGCUACGGCCGCACGAACCGGCCGCGGAUGCCCAACCUCAACGACCUGAAGGAGACGGCGUUGUAGUGCCCUGGAUGGUGAGAGCAGCCCGAGCGUGGUGUUGUGUGGUGAGACUGCAUUUCCAGUGCUACAAAUGUGCAAUGUGUGUGCAGUGGGUGUGCAGCACCACGGACACGGCCAGGGAUUGUACAGGACACUGCUGAGCUGGGAAUUGGCGUCAGCAGAAUGUCCCUGGUGCCAGGCAGAGUGUGCUGCUCAGGGAGAAAACGCAUUGCCCUUUUCUCUCAUUUACAUUCCAGCUCAGUGCACAUCUCUGCCUGAAAGCUGGGGGACUUCUGCUGUGGAUGGCACUUCCAAGGGUGAAAACAUUGUCCAGACCUAUGCCCUUACCACAUUUUUUGCUGCCUAGUUAAAACAGUGGGGUUUAUGUGAUAAAAGUGUAUCCCCGUUAAGGGUUUAAAGUUAAAUUGUAUGUCUUAAAUUUGUUUUUUAAACUUCCAUAUUUGAUAGGAUUUGUAAUAUUUAUUUAUGAUGACCUAAUAUCGUACUGUUAUAAUCAUAUCUUUUAUGUUAUAAUGUAAAGUUAUUUUGAGCUGUUUGAAACAUUGUGAAGCAGUGCAACAGCUACGGUAGUUUCUAUAAAAAACUAACAGUAACAUUUAUAUAUUGCAUCAGGAGUAUUUUAUUCUAUAUAUAAAUAUAUAUAUAAAUGGAAAAUAACUGUCUGUUUUUUAAAUAUACUCAUUUAAAAGAAAAGUAUUGUUAUGACACUAUCUGCCAUAUUUUUUAUACAUUUGUGAUAUAAAGUGCAGUAUUAUACUUCUAAUAAAAGGAAGUUGAAUGUGGAUAUAAACGUGACUGUAACAGUAUGAAUCUCACUUGGCUGUGAGAGCCCAGUGUUAUAAGCAUUAUUGGUAACAACAAAAGACAACAUUCAAUUCCAAGCUUUAUGAUGGGCUGUUUUGUUGGAAGUGUUGGCUAGAUGCAAGAGACUGCAGAACUGUACAGUAACCUAAAUGUGGUGUGUUCUCCCCUGUGUCCUUAGCUUUCCUAGUAAUAUUAAYGGGAUUUCUGCACCAAGAGCACAGAGCCCAAGUACCAAAUUUUUGUUUCCUCUAAAGAGAAUAAAGUGCCCCAUGACUACAAGCGAAAGCAGGUGCUCUUCCACUUAAUAGCAGGGGUGAAAACCAAAGAAACAYGCAUGAAUUGCAAGUGAAAUGCAAAACUUGGACACUUAAGCAUAGCAUGGCACUGCAGAUCAUGGUAUAAGCUUUUAUGCAUAUGUGUAUUUUACAUCUCUAGCAAUCUAUUAACUAAUAAGAUAAACACUGUAUUAGAAUUUAAACUACUCUUGCACUUUUUUAUUAUAUUUCAGGAUGUAUUUAAAGCUACGAAUCUGAUAUUUGGAUAUUGAGGGAGAAGGUUGCCAUGCAACUUGAUUUCUCCUUAGGUCUUACCAUCCAAAUAUUCCCAUACCCAGUUCAGCUCCCAGUCCCAGCAAAAUCCAAGAUUUUGGGUUCCAGUCUCCUGUACAGCACAGUUCAAACUGCCUUUACCUUGUGAAUGUCACGUGUAGCUACUACACACCUGAUUCCUCUGUUGCUACCAGUAAAGAAAUCAAAGCUGAGCCUUUGGAGUCAAAAGAGUUAAGCCAGUCUAAACUUUGUGCAAUAAGUGAGAGCCAGGCCUGUAGUGUCAGAACAAUACAAUCUUUCCUUUUUAAACUCAUUAGUUCUACUCCCUCAUUACUCURCAGCACAGUUUGUUUUCUAGAUGCUGUCCUGUACUUGCAAAUCCACUGUCUUUUCCAAAAAGAGGUUAAGCUGAAUGUAAAUUUGAUGAUUUAGCCAUAGCAGUUAACAGAAGCAGCCAGGCAGUAAAAGCUGAACUUCCUAUUGGGUACCAAUGCAAACUGGACCCACUGUUCAGCACCUCCUGAGUCACCAAAGUUCCAACAACAGCAAAUUGGGCAACACUACUGCAAAAAUUGCUGUCAGAAAGAACAGUGUGGAAGGAUGUCACAUCAGGUUUGUCCAGGACUAGAAAUCACUAAAAUUCACUAAAUUUGAAAAAUUACARGAUAGGAAUUCUUUCUUUGUCAGUUGCCUGCAAGAAAAGUGCAUGUGAUUUUUCUAUAGAUAGAUAUGAUAUGUAAUGUUUAUAUAUAUAUGAUAUAUACUGUGUUGAUAUAUCAUAUAUAUAGCAUAUAUAAAUACAGUAGAUAUGAAAGGCUAUUCAGUUUUUUUUCUAAGUUCAGUGGGCAUCCAGGAAAGACAUUGUGAUGUUUAUUUGUUGUCACUGUCAGAGUUUAGCAUUUAUUUCAGCAGUCUCUGUCAGACUCAUUGCUUGGCCAGAGCUACAUCAGCCCUGCUUUGGACUGGGCUGAUGGCAUGAAAUCCCCCACAAAAGCACUGUCUGAGAGAGAGGGGCUCUGAGGACACUGUGAAUGUCUCUUUUAGGGCAGCAGAGCUGCUGGAGGCUCUGCAGCACAAAUGUGAACGAGGCUGAGGGAUUGGGGGUUCAGUCUGGAAAAGGGAUUGGGGGUUCAGUCUGGAAAAGGGAUUGGGGGUUCAGUCUGGAAAAGGGGGCUCAGCAGGGACCACAGUGCUCUGUGCACCCCAAAGGUGGGGCAGCCUCUCCUCCCGUGUCUCAGGUGAAAGGAUGAAAGGAAAUGAUCUUCUGUUGCACCAGGAGAGUUCMAAUCAGGAAGAAAAGAUCCCAGAAGAGUGUUCAGGCAUUGGAAUGAGCUGUGCAGGGAGGAGAUGCAGUCACUGCUCUGGAAGGGUUCAGGAGGAUCUCAUGUGGCACUGGGGAUGUGCUUCAGAGGGGAUUUGGUGUUUGAGGCUGCAAUGGAUGAUCCUAAAGCCCUGACAAUUCUGUCACUCAGUCCCCAGGGAAUGUUCCAUUCAGACUCUUCUGAGUUCGUGUCCUUUGCCUCUGCAAGGUUUUGAUUUUGCUGGAAGAGCUCUGUGCUGGGGAUGGUGAUGCUGGGCUGUUUGUGGCUGUUCUGAUUUCUAGCAAGGAAAAAUGUUUCCAAAGGAUUUUUAUUUUCUCAGUAUCCAUCAAGUUAAAUCAGGGURAUCUCUGACUGUACAUAUAGCUGUUUAAAGUAGUUAGCAAAUCUUCAAAGGUGACCCAAGGAAUGUUCAAGUAUUUGGUGGCCCAUAUUUACAGAAAGUUGUUUCUACUUCAUAUUGCAUUUUUCUUCUUGAAUUCAACAAACCAUAGUAGCUUUCAGUUGGAUACUAAAUUGUGUUGAAUGUAUGUAGUAUUUUCUUUCUUCUAUUGGAAAGAAAUACCAGCAGCUUGGCCAGCUGGUGCUGGGAUGAAUUGUGUAUUUUUAACUUGGUAUCAUUCCCAAUAUUUAGAAUAUUGCUAAUGUAAUUUUGUCGAGGCUUUCAAAGGAGUCUUAUUAUAGUGACUGAGAUUUUCUGACUUAAUAAAGAGGAAGAGAAUUAAAGAGCAAACUAUUUUGUAAGUGUGAGCUUUCCUUUUCACUGGUCUGUGAGUCUUGUACUACAUGCUCUAUAGAUUUGCUUAGUGUAAAGGAUCCUAGUUAAACUGCAUUUUGUUCUUCUGUAGUCUUUGGCCUUAUGGCAUCACUGAUAAUGUGAACAAAAAAGAAACUAGGUUUCAGAAAUUAAUUGUAAUCAUUUUGCAGAAUUCAAGCUGCCUAAACUUGUCUAUAUGUUUUUACUAUAGCUCUUGARCUCUUUUUAACUGAAAAAAAAGCACCUUAAGCUCAUCCUGACUGAAAUUGUGUAAGUGUCUAAGCUGUAUUUUAAACUGCCACGUAAAUGUGUUAACCUAGAACAAUAUCUAUUUUARACAGACCUGGCCACAGAGAGCAGUCCCUUGGACUAUUUAAUGCUUUUUGCUCCAUUUAUUGCACUCCAAGCUUUGCUGCUCCUCUGAGAGGUUCCAGGAGAGCACUGGGCAGAGUUCUUGGCAGAAAGUCAAUGAUCCCACAUUUGGUCUCUUAAAACAUUCCCCAAACACCGUUUGCUCUUUGAGAUCAAUAUUAAAGCAGGCUUUGAGCUUCCAAGUGCAUUUGUCACCCUUUUCUCUGUGUCACUCCACCUUGUUCCUGGGACUCUUGAGGAAGCAGUGCCUUGUGGAAGGCUCUUCACCCUUCUUCUCAUUGCAGUUUGGUCUCUUAAGAGAUAAAUUUUAUGUGUUUAAGAACUGUAUACCAACCUUUUCCUCUUUUCUCUAAAAGCUGAUGAGGUGUUGGCUGAGUGGGCUCCUGUGUGCAGCCAGGAAAAGCUGUGUGUUCUCAACAAUUCUGCAGACUCCCCUGUAAGAACCCAGGGAACCUGUGAGAAUACAGAUUUACAGCUCUGAAAGCACUGCUGUGAUCUCGUAGCUAAAGCCAAACUUUGCCACUUGCAAGAGGAGCUGUGCUCUAAAGUAUUGGGGGUUUUGUUCAUCUCUCAUUUUUUUGUUUUCUUGUAAUGAUUUGAUAGUGAGAGUUGCUUCCAAAUGCUUGUGUGUAAUUAAUUCUGURUGUGUUGAACGUUGUCAGAGUAGAGCUGGGACAAUAUUUGCAUCCCAGUCAGACAAAGUAUGAAAAGGAUAGCCAUAUGUAAUAUUCUGCAGAUUGUGGGGUGCCARUGAAUGUUUAUUUUUUCCAGUCCAUCUGUUAAUGGGUAACAUCACAAACCAUGCAUCCAGGCUGCUGUUCAUGGUAGUACCCACCAUUUGAGACAGGAGUGCCACAGAAGAUGGUUGGAAAGSUGAUGUGCCCUAUGGAACCAUUUCUGAAUAACCCUCAAAUCAGGACACUAUUUAAGAACAGGUGCCUUUCCCUACACAGCUCUUCCUAAUGGUAUCAUGGUAUUUACCACUCACUAACUGGGUUUGUAGUGAAUGAGGAAAAAAAGCCAUUUAACUUCAUUUUUUUUAAAGGGGGUGAUUUGAAUAAACUCUUUUAAAAUAACACAGCUUGGAAGUUUUGGGUGUUGGCACCUUUUUCAAAUGGUGGAACAGCAGCAGUUCAUCAGUGGUCAGGCUCAGCAGGCAGGUGAAGGUUUGUGCUGUACCGAGGGUUGUACUGAAACACAAGAUUCCUCAUUUUGCAGUCAUGAUGCAAAUUUCAUUAAUAUUAAGCAAAGCAGAUUUUAUGGGAGAUCCUCUUUCAGUUAUAAGGGAAAAGCUGUGUUGGGUCAUCCGUUCUCUCAGUGGACUGUCUUAGGUAAAUCUGAUGGAUUAGGUCUGAAUUUUAAGUUGUUCCAAGUUGUGCUUGGAUGCAGAUUUGUGACCUUGUGUGCAGUCAGUUGUUUGGUGCAAAAGUUGGCUUUUUUUUGCCCCACUCAGCAGAACUCACAUGAGGAGUGUGAGAGGAGCAGCCCUGCUGUCUUUGGAUGCUUUCAAUACCCCAAAGAGCUUCUCAGGCUCRUUUGGAACAGAACAAAAUAUGCAGCCAGGCAAAAGUCACUCUUGAACCAUGGCCCAAGAGCCUGAGCAUGGAGUUGUGUCUUAGCCUAACAAUGACUGCAUCUCGUAUUCUCUGCAGUCAAUCUACCUCCUCUCUCUUGCAGAAUGUGCUUGAGGUUGUGUUUGUUUAUUCUGAGCUUAUUGUUGACUCCAGAUUUUGAAGAGACAUYUAAAAAGAUUCUUCCUUUAGGUACUGUUAACAACCAUGUAAAAACAUAUUGUUGGGCCUUCAUCUGAAAUAUUUCUGAGACUUUGAAGCCAUCUGAGCUCUCUUUGGAUCCCAAUGCCAUCCUUUGCACUGCUUUGCAGUCUUCCUUUGGCCUUCCCUUGUGGUUCUCAAAUAUUGCAGUUGCCUUGUUCUUUGUGUUUCUCCAGUGCAGAUUUUCAGGGAGUUAGAGGCCUUAUCUACCGCUCCACCCGUUUGCUGUUUUACUCAAACAGCUAUCCUUAGACUUGCUCAGGAUUUCCUUCACUUGAUUUUCCAUUUCAUCUGGGUGGGAUAUUUUACCCCAUUGUGCCCCCACCAUCCACGCUGCCUGCGGGGUGUUCAUUCUGCCAGGCCUGUUUUCCCAGGGCGUUGUUUCUCUGGUUUUGUUCUGAGGAGUGCAGGGUGGAUCUCAGCUGCACAGACACACAAAUGCAUUGUGAAGUGAAGAGUUUUCCUUUCCAUUGGCAUUUGGAUAAAGUGUGAAGAGUUUUCCUUUCCAUUGGCAUUUGGAUAAAGUGUGAAGAGUUUUCCUUUCCAUUGGCAUUUGGACAAAGUGUGAAGAGUUUUCCUUUCCAUUGGUAUGAGGACAAAUCGUGUUCACAGCACAGGUGGAAUUGUGUUCAGCUUUCCUGUAGGAUGUGCAUCUCCUGGUGUCAACUCCUGACACAUCAAUCCAGUGGCAGAGCUUUAAACUCUUUAGUUCCAAGGUAAAACUUUUA